UUUAUUCACUUAACAGCUCUCUUGUGUUUCACUUGUUUUUUUUUUUUUUGUAAUUUGUUUCUCUUGCCUCCGGUGAAUGUUUGUUCUCGUUUUUUUCCGUAAAUAUGCACAAAUAUUCCGUUUCGUGAGCAGGCUACAAUGCUUUCUGUCAAAAACAUAAUGUAUGUCCAACAUUUUGUGCAUGUCAAAAUGACCGAAUGAAUGGACAAAAUGAAUCAUGUACUGUAUGAAAAAAGAGAUAAAAUAACAGUAAGCGACACGCAUCGUAGAACGUAGUCGCGUUAUCACACUGCCUGUCGUGAGAAUGAACUCGCGUUGGACGAAACACGUGGAAGCGGAAGGACACCCAACCAAUAUUUGCCAUGAAGCCUUCACUGACAUCGAUAAAUGGAACAUUACGCGGAAGAAAAUGGUUUCUUCCGGGCGGAUCCCGACGUUCAAGACUCGGCCCCGCCAUUUUAUACGCCUCCGGAUGCUGGACAGCCGCAUAUUCUAGAAACGCUGCUGAGUAAUCAAAAUAAGAUAUUGGAAAACCAGAGAAGAAUGCAACAGAUGAUGACCUCGAUGAUGACCAGCAUUGAUUACCUCACACAGGCUGUAAAGGUCAACCGAGCGGCUCCAAGCACGCAAACCCCGCGGAUAGACUUCAAUGAUUUAGAGUCUGUGUGUGUUAUUCAACCGGUGAAUUCAGUUGACGACUUAAACCAGAUCGAAGAGUCACUGAAAGAUGAUGCCUACAUGCGGAAGCAUUUAGCUGGAAUGAGUUUCAUAUGCGGGUCUAAUGGUAAGGCUAAUGGAAUUGAUUGCUGCUACCGCCUGAUAGACUCAUUCAUCACCCGAUCGUUUUUAUUGAAUUGCUCUUGGACUGGCAACGCCAGAGAUCUCGAUGGUGCCAGUUCAGCGGAAAAUGCACGGUCGGACACUAAACGAAAGAUACCGUUGAAAUUCUAUAAUCGAUUCCGCACCCUAUUUUUCCGCCUAGUUAAGCUCGCCGACAAGGACUUUACCGAAGUUGAGUGCGAAGUUUUCUUCAAGCGGGUACUAAAAAACAGCAAACAACGUGUGGAAGCUAAAAUGACUACAUCGAAACACAAGAACAGACCAUCGAAGCUUAAGUACAAACGGCACAAAGAUGGCGUGCAUUCUUCCCCGUAGAUCCCGCAUCGACAAAAACCCUGCAACGCAUGAAGUAUUAGUAAAGUAAGAGAAUCUAAAUAAAAUAUCUUAAAAUACAA